ACUAUUAGCGCGCAAGAUAUUUUACAGUUUUAUGUCGAAAGUGAGGCUGACCGGAAAGAAAGCCACAGUUUUUGGAAAGCGAAGCGAGUUAAGGUGACGAGCUACUUUUCUCAUUUCUGGGACCGAGAAAAUAUAAAAUAUUGCCGGCUUUUUUCUUCCAAGAGAAAGGUACUGCAAUUCAAGUGGUGGAUUGGACGAAGAUGAGCUACGUACGACGAGGGCCUUCUGAAUUAGACUUAGAAGGCAUGGUUUCACUAAAAGUGGACAAUCUUACUUACAGAACAACACCAGAGGAUUUGCGUCGCGCAUUUGAGAAAUAUGGCGACGUAGGAGAUGUGUACAUACCACGAGACCGCUUUACCAGGGAAAGCCGAGGAUUUGCUUUUGUACGCUAUCAUGAUAAACGAGAUGCUGACGAUGCAAUGGAUGCUAUGGACGGUGCUAUGAUGGAUGGACGCGAACUACGUGUCCAAAUGGCUAGAUAUGGUAGACCGGCUGACCCAUAUCGGAGAGGUCCCCCACCUCGCCGUUUUGGCGGUGGUGGUUAUAGCUCCUAUCGAUCGAGAAGACGAUCAUAUACGAGAUCACGAUCGAGGUCGCGGUCUCGUUCAUCACGCCGGCGGCGAAGAUCAUAUUCAAGAUCACGAAGUCGCAGUAGAAGUCGUUCCUACAAAAGUAGAUCAAGAUCUCGAUCGGCGUCAUAUUCCAGAUCGAGUCGCAGUAAACAUUACAGUCGUAGUCCAUCUCCAUCAAGUAAAGGAAAGAAGCGGAGCAGUGCCAGUAGUCGAAGAAGCACGAGGAGUCGGAGCGCCAGUCGGGAGAGGAAGAGCCAUUCUCGCAGCCGCAGCCCUGUCAGUCCGAGACGGAGUCCAGAUCGUUGCAGUGAAGGUCGCGACGGAAGCGAAAGUGGUGCUGGUGCUAAUGCUGGUGGUGGUGGUGGUGGAGGCAGUUCUGGUAGUGUACCACGUGAAAAUUCCAAAUCCAGAAGCAGAAGUCGAACCCCUCACAGCCGGAGCUGUUCUCCUGAAGCAUUGUCAGACCGUGGUAGCAACAACCAUAACAAUCUCGAGCAGCAGGUGGAGGAGGAAGACUGAGUGUUUGUAAUUUGGAGACAAAAAAUCACAACAAAAAGAAAAAAAAUAAAGAAAAGAAAAAGAAAAUACAACCACAGCAGAUGAACACUGAUAUCUUGGCAGCAGGUGAGAUGAAUGGGUUAAAUUUAUUGUAGUGGUUGACUGAAAAUGAUAAAAAAAAUUUAAAAAAGCCAAAAAAAAAAAAGGCUUAAACAAUUUUUUCAUUCAUCACAAGACACAAGCUGAACAGAUAUAUAUAAAAAUGAAGUUUUUUUUUUAAAAGAAUGAAAAAAAAAAAAAAAUCUCCAGCGAAUGUUAAAACAUUUGAAACUGAUGGAGGUUUUAAAGAUGUUGGCGAUGAUGCUGAGUGUGAAUGGCACCUUUUAAAAACCACUGUAUACAUUGGUGAGAGUUGCUGCUGUUGAUGCUGUCUGCAUGGUGUAGCUGUUCAAAUGGCGGAGUCAACUCAGACCCGGGGCAUGUUCCAGGUUCCUGUUGAUUGCUGCCGUUUUGUUGCUGCUUUUUUUGAUGCCUCAUUGCAUCUGCAGUUGGAAGUGUAACCUCAUUUGGUGGUAUCAAUUUAAUAUAAGUCUUCAGUUUUUGAUUACUAAAAAACCGAUUACAGUUUAGAAUCGACUAGACAAACUUUGACGAGGGUACCCCCUGUCUCUUAUUGUCAGACCAUCCUUUCUGUUCUCAAGCAGUUUUACUGUAAAGGGACUUUCCAUAUUUUGGGCUAUUUUCAAGAAUCCAACGACAUAAUUGACAACCCUGCCUCAUGCUUCCAUCCCCCUCUCCCUCCCCCUCUGCUUCAAAUUAGUUCUUGACUUUAGUAUACAGUUCUGAGAAUGAUAAUGAUAAUAAAUCUGCCAAUAUACCCUGCUGCCGGUGUGGCCGUCCCUAAUUCACCUACCCAGCCUACUUAUAUCACUGUUAUUGUUUUUGCUUAUCCUGUUUCCUAAUUUAAAUUCCUAAAUGUUUCUAAAGCAUAUUUUUAAAUCUAAAUUUUAAAUUAAAUGUUGUAAUUUGUAAAUGACCUCCGAGUCAUAAAUCUGUUUAACCCUGUGACUAGGGUCAAUUUAAUAUUGUUUCUUUACCAAAUUUGUAUGCAACUGUGAAGACCGUUAAAAUUAUUAUCAUGGGUGGUGUGGUCUAUGCUGCAGGGGUAUUUGCUGGUUGGCUGCGGUGCUGUUGUUGGUUGCCGUGUAGCUGGUCUGUAGCUGGUCACUGGCAGUGCUGAUGCUGCUGGUCUUGUAGCAGGUCGGUGAGGAGGAGGAGGAGGAGAGGAGGUGUCUGCUGUUCCUUACACAGCAGCAACUACACAAUCUGGCUGCUCUCACUUGCACCAGUCUCCUGUGUGGCUGCAGAGCUCCCAAUUAUUGUAAUGCUGUUGGGCUGAGAUAGCUGUGCCGCUGCUGCUGCUGUGCCGCUGUACCCCGCUCUCAGAAUGAUUUUAAACCCGUGUUGCUGCUGUUGCUUGGGUCAAAACAACCCGUUGCUGUGCUUCAGUCAUUUUGAUCCUUAUUUCAUAGGUAUGUAUUGCAGAAUUUCUUUUUCCCUUCAAUGCAGGUCUUUAAAAAAAGGUCACUGGACUGACCUCUCUUACUGAGUGUCAGACCUCUCAUUAGCAUGCUUUAUUUUCUCAUAUUGUUAACAACCAUUCCUCAUGCACUGCAAUUUAUCUGCGGGUGCUGCUAAACCAUGGCAUAGGGUUUGUCUCUUUAUGAGAUGAAUUCUGCACAGGUUUGUGUGCUAAACCUGUUGUUGCUGUUCUGGUUGACCUUGUCAAACGUGUAAAACUAAUUUUUGCUGAAAUCAUCACAAAUUACUGCCAUCUUGUGGUUUUCUAGUCAAAUAAGAUUGUGACAAUUUUUGCAACUACAAAAUCUGAAAUGUAAUCUGUAGAAGGCAGAUGACAUAAAAACAGUUAUUUUAACUGUUUAAAUAUAUAUUAAUCUCAACAUGUGAUGUGGCUGGAAAAUGACUGUCUAACAGGUAAGUCUUGUCCUACCUGAUCCUGAUGAAGAGAAACAACUGUAGAGUCUGGUUUACCAUCAACUGUAAUUUCUUCAUAAAAUACAUUUUAACAUACUGGUGUUUAGUUUUAUUUAUGCCAUUCUAACACUUAAACACCAUUAAGGUCAUUUUUAUUAACGGCUUUUCAUUUUUAACUUUUGUUUAUUGCAGUUUAGGGGAUUGGUGUUAAAAUGAAACGUUUGGGUGCUCUGGAAAUUACCUCGAAAUUUUGCUGGAGCUUUAAUGUGUAUAAACCUUUGCUGCUGGGGCUGUCACUGCUUUUGAAGUUCAAUAAUCACUGAGGCAGAAUGAAAAUGAGUUUCUUGCUUCGAUUUUAGGGAUUCCAGAACCAAUUGUAGUGUUCUUUUUUUUAAAAUUUUUUUUUCUUUCCAACUAGAUAGUUGUUUUAAUUUUUAGGUUUUGUUCCUGGGAGCCUCUAAAUAGCAUGACUUGUUUGUAGAAUCUCGGAAAUACAAGAAGCUUAUUCACUGAAAUAUGGUUUCAUAGCAAUAUUUUUUACAUAAACCAUUUAGUUAAAUAUUUAUUAAUGUUCUAAAUCAUUGCAUUUGAAUUUUAGGUAUAAUGCAGUGGGAAACGAUAUUUCAACUAAGCAAUUAUUAUGGUCAGAUGCAUAGAAUAGGGGAUUGGUUGAUAUGGAAAAUAAUGCGUUUGGAGCUAUUUUAGGCUGGAAAAAUGUUUAAAAAAAAAAAAAAUUGCAAAAGUUAAUGAUGACAACACUGAUAACAGAUUUGAAGCUUGAAUACGUUUGUGUGAUGCAGAAUAACUUGAAAUAGAAUUUCCGUUUAUACAAAUUGAAUUUGUGGAAUAAUAUAUUCCUCAUUCCAUCAUUUGCUCUGUGUUAUUGUUGCAUCCAUCUCCCUUCAAUUGCAGGAUAUUUAAAAUCAACACAAUGUGUGUGUUCAUAUUUUUGUCAGUUAAAUCCUGCAUGCAUCCACAAGCGCCUAUAUUAUAAGUGCAAAUGAAACACUUACAGAUAUAACAGCUGAGGUAAACUGCUUCAAAUGAGAGGGCUUUAUAUUGUGGAUUGCAUUUGAUGGCAUGGCUGGUAGUGUUACGUGCAAUCACUGCAGCAAUUAUGCCAGAGUUGUAAAGAAGUGAUGAUGUCAGUGUGACAUAUAAUGGUACUAUAAAAAUUGGUUUAUUGUGUGUGGUUACUUCUAUUUUUUUCUUUUGUUACUGUUGUUACCACCAUUACCUUUGUAUCUUAUAUUGAUACUGUUUACAAUCUGAAAUAAACUUUAUGGUAACCUGACAAAACAUUGAAAAAUUAGUUUUCAUGAAGGAUGCACUGUUAUAAGAAUAAUACUUCAGGAAUUAAUGUGAAGGUAAAAUAUGAUCCAAGGUUCCAUGUAAGUAUGAAAGGAGAGGAUGCUGUGCAGGCUGCAACAGUUGAUAACUUUUGUGUCUUAGAGUCUACAAUAAAAAAAGAGCAUUCAGUAGCUUUGAAAUAGAAAUCAGCCAUCUGAAAUCCAGAAUUUUUUUUUUAAUUUUCCCUUUUCUGAAACUUACAGAAAGGAGUCCUGUAAACAAUAUGUUAAAUCAUUUAACUAUAGAUGAAGAGCACGGGUUUUCUUGAAAUCAGACAGACAUAUUUGAACAUGAUGUAUUAAGUAUGGUUUCUGGGGAAGAAGAAUUUGAUGUUUGGAUAAGUACAUUAGUUGGGUUUUUUUUUAAAUUUUUUUUUUUACUUAAAUGUAACCAGUGAGGCUGUGAUUUAUGGUGAAGGUAAUGUAACAGCUUUUUUCAGUUUAACCAGCUGUGGACUACUGUAAAACCUUGCUGAUAUGGAGGUGAGCAACCUUUUACUCAAAUCUUCCUUGGUUUCUGUAAUUAUAUUUUCACUUUAUCCAGUCACUUAAUUCCACUUGCACCAUUACCAUAAUCACUUUUGGAUUACAUCUUGGGUUUGGCUGGUUUUACAUAAACUUUGAUUUAACUUUAGUGAUUGCUGUACCAACGAAAAUGCUAUUGUCCAGUAAUGCCUAAUGCUGAAAGCUUUUUGCAACCACACAGCCUGUCUAUUACAACUUCUGCAGAUAGUGAGAAUGAUCUUUUGAGAAAUUGGAAUCAAAGUUACACCUCUGGUUAGAGUGGAUAGUUGCAUAAUUUGGAAGUAAAAUCUGUUUCAGACAGAUUGUAUCAAAAUAGUAUAAAAGCGGAGUUUCAAGUUUACCAAUGGGAGCAUAUUGACAGAUUUUGUUUUUGAAGCCCUGACUUCACUACAUAUGAGACAACCAUACAUUGCCACAUGUGAGGGUAUACUGUGCCAGAAGAAAAGCCACAAAGAUAUACUCCAACAAAGAAUCAUUGCCAAUUCUGGUUUACUUCAAGGUAAAUACGUUUUUGUGUGGUUCAUCAAGAGAAGGGAAGUUAAUUUUUGAGUCACUAAUAAAUUGGUAUUUUGCAAA